AUGCUCGUCUCAUUGACCGUCGGCAAGGUCGACGCCGGCGUCACGGUGCUUCUGACACCGGAUAAGCGUCUGAUCGAGUUUCCGUCUAUCCUACUCCCUCCCAACAUCUCCUCUGGCAGCAUCGUCGACAUCACCGUCGCCCGCAACCUAGGCUCAGAGGCCAAGACCGAGCAUGCCUUCCGCGAGCUCCAGGACCGCAUCUACUCGUCCUUCGGCGCCAGCUCGCCCACGACGCCCGUCCUACGAUGCCGCAACGCGACCCAAACCUCCGUCGUCCUCGAAUGGGAUCCCAUCGAGCUCGCAACCGCCGACAUCCUCUCUCUCUCCCUCCACCGCAACGGCCAAAAGGCCGGUAACAUCCCCCGGCCGCUGCAGAUGCACAGCACAAAGAUAAGCGGUCUCGCCGUCGACACAGACUACACCUUCCACCUCGUCCUGCGCACCACCGCCGGCACCCUCAGCUCUGAAAAGGUCACCGUACGCACCCACAAGAUGACGGAUCUUAGCGGUAUCACCAUCACCACGGGUAUCAUGCCCCCUGCCACCAGGGAGGCACUGUCCGCGGCGGUCGAGCGCAUCGGUGCCAAGAUUGUCGACAGCGUCCGCAUCGACACGACGCACUUUGUCACCACUGAAGGCCGCGGCCUGGCGUGGGAGAAGGCUGUCGAGACCAACAUUCCCGUUGUACGUCCCGAGUGGGUUGAAGCGUGCGAGAAGAACGGACGUAUCCUGGGCGUGACCAAGUUCUACCUAGACGCUCUCAGACCCGGCCCCUCGAGCGAUGAGCUCCAGCAGAUGCCUCAAUCGCAGCAGACACCACCGACGCAGAAGGAGCUGCCGACACCCCCGGCCGCCAGCACACCGGAGGGCAACAGCGACGCCGCCGCGUCGUCCGCCAAGUCGCCCGAAGGCGCGAACCCCCUCAGCAAGGCGGAGGACGACCAAACUUCCGGCGACGAAGAGAAGGAGGUGGAGCAGAAGCGGUUUGUAGGCCAAGAGGAGCAGAAGGUGCGGUUGGAGGACAAGGACGAGCAGAACCUCGCGCACCGGCCAAAGGAGGAUUCAGACUCGGAGAGCGAGGACGGCAAGGGGGACGAGGACAACCCGACCAAGGAGGGGAAGCCCGGCGUCUCGCCUGACGGUGCAUCGUUCCAGGAUGUAGCCUUGUGA